CUGAACAAUCCAGGCCUUCUUGACGCACCGCACCGCGCCGCACCGCAUCGUGACGGGAUUGCUACUAGCGCUGACCCUUACUCUAACUAGCAAGGCCCUGGUGUUGCUCUGCCGCUCCGAAGCCGAUGGCGGACAGCACUCAAACUCAAGACAUCAGCGGCGUGUCCAUCAACAACCAUUCUCGGGCCGCAGUGGGUACCUUCCACGGACCAGUGUAUCUGGGAAACAACGAAAACCUGAAUAAUGUGCUCAAUUCCCUCCCUAUCGCCGCAGACGCGCCGUUCAACGCGUAUAGGCGACAACACGAACCGACCUGCCUUCCUGAAACCCGCAUCGAUCUCCUCCGAAAGAUAUACGAUUGGGCUGAUAGAGAAAAUUCGCCCAGCAUCUUCUGGCUGAGUGGUCUGGCCGGCACUGGCAAGUCUACCAUUGCGCGAACUGUUGCCGCCAGAUACUCUGAGAAGGAGGCCCUUGGAGCAAGCUUCUUCUUCUCAAGAGGCGGCGGGGAUGUUGGUUAUGCAGCCAAGUUCGUCACAAGUAUUGCAGUGCAACUUGCGUACAAAGUGCCAGGUCUGAAGCAUUCCAUUUGCGACUCUGUUGUCAACCAUGGAGACAUUGCCGGUCAGUCGCUCCGCGACCAGUGGCGCCAUCUCGUUAUCGGACCACUCUCGGUGCUGCCAGGCGACAGCCACCCGUUCCGAUAUAUUCUUGUGAUUGACGCUCUCGACGAGUGCGAGGAUGAGGAAAACGUCCGGACCAUUCUACAACUCUUAGCCGAAGCUCAGGCAUUGGAGGGGGUUCAGCUUCGAGUGUUCUUGACCAGCAGACCUGAGGUUCCAAUCAGGAACGGCUUUGUCCAAAUGCUCAAUUCCGAACACCAGGAGUUUAUUCUGCACAGUAUAUCGCAGUCGGUUGUCAACCACGACAUCCGUAUUUUCCUGGAACACAACCUCAAACUUAUCGCUCAGGAACGCUCCCUCGGCGCUGGCUGGCCAGGAGAGGAGAUCAUCAAGCGCCUUGUCCAGAAUGCAAGCGGUCUAUUUAUCUGGGCAGCAACUGCAUACCGCUUCAUCCGCGAAGGGAAGAGGUUUGCAGCAAAGAGACUUGAUCGGAUCUUGGAGCACAGCAGCUCUACGGUCAACGCGCCAGAGAAGCAUUUGAACGAAAUGUAUAUCGCUGUUCUUCGUCACUGCAUUUCAGAGUAUCCGGAUGAAGAGGGAGAAGAGCAACAAUCUACACUCAAAAGCUUGCUUGGAAACAUUGUGACUCUGCUCUCUCCGCUUUCUACCCAGUCUUUGACUAAGCUACUCGGCGCCCCUCAAGAUGAAAUCGAUCAGACACUGCAUGAUCUCCACGCGAUUCUCGACAUUCCAAAGGAUUCAAGCCGCCCACUCCGUUUACAUCACCCUUCAUUCCGGGAUUUCCUUUACGAGGAGGUGAGAUGCGCAGAGUUUUGGGUGGACGAAAAGCAAGCGCAUCUUAUCCUGGCUACAAAAUGCAUCCAGCUUAUGUCCCAAUGUUUCAAGGAGGAAAAUAGAACCGUUCGGCCGAAGGCGCUUGUUGCGAUAUGCGAUACGAGCCGGCCAGGUACACUUGUAACGGAGGUUAACAGCAAGCAAGUGGAGCAACAUCUACCCCCUGAAAUGCAGUACGCAUGCUGCUACUGGAUUCAGCACCUUCAGAAGGGCGACAGUCAGUUCCGUGACAAUGACCAGGUCCACUGCUUCUUGAAGAAGCAUCUUCUUCACUGGCUUGAGGCCCUUGGAUGGAUGGAGAAGGUGGCGGAAGGAAUUCAUGCCAUCGUUACGUUAGAGCUCAUGACAACGCCACAACAGUGUUCCCGACUGUCCGAGUUUAUCCAUGAUGCUAAACGAUUCACCCUGUACAGCCGGUCAGCGAUCGAGCAGGCUCCACUCCAGACAUAUUGCAGUGCGCUAGCAUUUGCUCCGAUGGAGAGCAUAGUGAAGAAGCAGUUCAGCAACUGUGCGCAUCGAUGGAUUCAAAGAUUACCAAAGGUUGAGAAUAAUUGGGAUGGGUUACUACAGACGCUCGAGGGCCAUUCGGCCGCGGUCAUCGCCGUGGCCUUCUCGCCAGACGGUAAGCUACUGGCGUCGGCCUCUGACGAUACGACGGUCAGGCUAUGGGACGCCAGCUCGGGCGUAGUAAAGCAGACGCUCGAGGGCCAUUCGGACGCGGUCGUCGCCGUGGCCUUCUCGCCAGACGGUAAGCUACUGGCGUCGGCCUCUGGCGACAAGACGGUCAGGCUAUGGGACGCCAGCUCGGGCGAAGUAAAGCAGACGCUCGAGGGCCAUUCGGCCGCGGUCAUCGCCCUACUGGCGUCGGCCUCUGACGACAGGACGGUCAGGCUAUGGGACGCCAGCUCGGGCGAAGUAAAGCAGACACUCAAGGGCCAUUCGCACGGGUUCAACGCCGUAGCCUUCUCGCCAGACGGUAAGCUACUAGCGUCGGCCUCUCACGACAGGACGGUCAGGCUAUGGGACGCCAGCUCAGGCGAAGGAAAGCAGACGCUCGAGGGCCAUUCGGACGGGGUCAACGCCGUAGCCUUCUCGCCAGACGGUAAGCUACUAGCGUUAGCCUCUCGCGACAGGACGGUUAGGCUAUGGGACGCCAGCUCACGCGAAGUAAAGCAGACGCUCGAGGGCCAUUCGGCCUGGGUCAACGCCGUGGCCUUCUCGCCAGACGGUGAGCUACUGGCGUCGGCCUCUGACGACAGGACGGUCAGGCUAUGGGACGCCAGCUCGGGCGAAGUAAAGCAGACGCUCGAGGGCCAUUUAGACUGGGUCAACGUCAUGGCCUUCUCGCCAGACGGUAAGCUACUAGCGUCGGCCUCUUAUGAUAAGACGGUUAGGCUAUGGGACGCCAGCUCAGGCGAAGUAAAGCAGACACUCCAGGUUGACGAUAUCAUCUACACUCUUUCGUUCUCCGAUGACGGUACGGUCCUCCGGACUGAUAGGGGAUCAUUAUAUAUCGCACAUCUUUCCCCAGGUAAAGAUGUGCCCCGACGAACCCUCCCACUUUCUAUAUCUGUCGGGAAGCAAUGGGUAAGUCGGGGUGAGGACAAAAUUCUUUGGCUUCCUUUCGAGCGUCGGACCAGCGUUGUCGCUACUUACGAGAAUGUUGUGGUAUUUGGGUAUGAGUCCGGUGGAGUUUUGAUCAUGGAAUUCGUGUCCUAAACUGCCACCCCACCCACGUCCUCUAAGGGAACACGCUUUUAUAUUCUUCUGAGCAGCGUUGGAGCGGUAAAUAGCUUAUUAAUUAUGG